AUGGAUCGGAGGCGAGCGGCAGGGGCGCUGCUCGCGCUAGCCGCCUGCAUCGCCUGCUCCUCGGCGGCACCGAUGGCUAGCAAUCACACAGCGCUAGAUAUGUACGAAGGGACAAAGGAAGGUUGUUAUUAUAACUUCCAGCACUAUGGCGAAGGCGAUCGAAUAAUGACGAACGAACCGUGUCUCAACUGUACUUGUCACAAUCGAAUGCUUAUGUGCUACUUGAGGGUUUGUCCUUUCACGAAGGCUAUCGGUCAGGAUUGUACCGUAGAAAAACGCGCUGAUCAGUGUUGUCCUAUUGUCACAUGCCCUGAUGUUCCAGUUGACCUACUGACAUCAACUUCCACAUCAUCUCCAGCUGAAUACGGAGCAACUGGAAUAGGAAAACAAGACAAAUAUGGUUGCAGCAUCAACGGAAGGUAUUUCCCAGAGGGUUCUAAAGUACCACCAACCCCAAACAAACCGUGUGAACAUUGUUACUGCAUUCGAAAUAUGACAACGUGUGUAAUGCAAGAAUGUACCUUACACGUUGAUGGAUGUAUUCCUAUUUAUCAUAAAGAUGUCUGCUGUCCUGUAAGAUACUCGUGUGAUCACCCAGAAGAUGAAAUACCACUUUUGGAUGAUAUGACCACAACAGUACGUCCAACGCCCGGAUUUUUACUUACAACUACCACAUUAGAGCCAGUUACACAAGCAUCUCAGGAUUGUGUUCAUGAUGAUCAAAUAUUUGCCGAUGGAGCUUUAUUAAAAACUGAGAAGGCCUGCGAGCAUUGCUAUUGUAUGAAAGGUGACAUUGUUUGUGUAGUACAAGGAUGUGGAACUCCAAUGGAAAAUGAGGGAAAAAAUUGUACUUCACUUCCACCGCGACAUGGACAGUGUUGCCCUGACACCUACAUUUGUGAAAGUAAUGAACUAGCCACUGAUCAUAUAACUGAACUUACAACUAGUGAAAUUUUCGAAACGACCUCGUCAACACCUCCAAGAAGAGGAGGAGUAGAAGGCAGUGGUUAUAGAAUUGAACCUGAUGAACCAUACACUGAUAUGCCAAUUUUCGAUGUAACAGAAACGGAAGGCAGUGGAGAAGAUCAAUCAGUAAUUGCUUUCGAUGAAUCUGAAACAGUAACGACAGGAAGUCAAACACCUGAUUUAACAGAUGAAAUGUUCUUAACUACAGCAAAAAUGCCAGAAGCAAAACCUUUUACUAGUACAAUCGAACCUUAUAUUGAACAAACUUCAAUUCCGAUAUUAAGUUCUGAACAUAAAAAACCUGAAAUAUCUGGCGCUGAACAAACAACUCUUUAUGAAAGUAAAACAGCUACAGAGUCUUCAAAACAGGAUACAUCUGUGGAAGAUGGACAAGUAACUGAUUCUGAAAACAAAGAAAUGAAAACAACCAUCAUUAUACGAGAUGAAAAAGUUAAUUAUAUAGCUACAGAGUCUUCAAAGCCUGAUAUAUCUGCGGAAGAAGAACAAGCAACUGAUUCACAAAACAAAAAAAUGGAGACACCCAUCAGUACACAAGAUGAAAAAAUUACUGAAGAUCUGUCCAUAACAACUAAAUCAACUAGUGAUUACGUAUCUUCUUCAUUGUCUGAUAGUUUUAUUUCUAAAGAUGACCAGUAUAUUAUCACAACAGAGCCUACAUUAAGAAAAGAUGAUUUUGAUGUUAUUACUGAAGUUACGACUCAAAAGGAACUUAAAGAAAUAACUACUGAAAAAGAAUAUUAUGGGCAAAAAGGAAGUACAAACGAUGAUCAUGAAACGAUAAUCGAUACCACUACAUCACCUCAAAACAAUUAUCAUAAACUAGAAACUGCAGGUGCACACGAUAUUGAGAAUUCAUUCCAAACUGAACAAACUACAACGAAAAUUUCUUUAGACAUUUCUACUAAACCUGGAAGUGAUAAGGAUUUCAAAGAAAGCACAAAUGAAUAUAUUUCUUUCAGUACAAUAAAAUCAGAUUUCGAUGAAACAACUAGUAUUAACUCAAUAGAAAAUGAAAUUGAAGAAGAUUUGUCAGUGUUAGUUUCGCAUGGCAGAAUACCAGGAGAAGGAGAUUGUCUACUCAAUGGUAUUACCUACAAAAACAAUACAACAGUACCUAGCACAAAUAAGUGUCAGACAAGCUGUAGAUGUGUUAGCAGCAUCGUAAAAUGUGAUCCAAUCAUAUGUAGUCCGCCACCCGAAUACGAAAAUAUUAUGAGUAAUUGUCAACCUGUAUAUGACCAAGCCGAAUCUUGCUGCCCUACUUACAUAUGUGAUCAAUCUAAGGAAACAAUUUUACCAGAGGUUCAUAGCCAAAUGUCCGGUACAGAUAACCCUAGACCAGCUAUUGCUAAUGAGUGCAACGGAAAUGAGUGCAAAGAGACUGUAGAUAAGCAAACACCACCAUCUAAACAGCAUGAACCAUGUACAUCUGAAAAUUGUGUUGAUGUGGUUCGAGAAAAACAACCUGACUGUGGAGAAAACGGAUGCGAAAAUGCAGAAAAAGAUCCCAUACUGCCAAUUAAGCACACCGAAGCUUGCGCCAAUGGUAAAUGUGAUCAGGCAACAGCUAUAAAACCUUGCGAAAGUGGAGAUUGUGUAACACAAAAUGGUAAUACUGCUGACGUACAAUCUGUUACAACAGAUGAAAAAUCCUGUGAAAAUGGCAUUUGUACUACUGAUAUAUCUCUUGAAAAUCAAGUUGAUGAUGUCGAAAAGGAAUGCGAGAAUGGCAAUUGUAGACGAAAAGGAACAUCGGAAGUUGCAAUGAAAUUACCUUCUACAUAUAAUACUGAAAAUACAUUGAUAGAUUCAAUAACAGAAUCUCUUGUUUCUAAAGAUACUACAACAAAUAUAAAGGAAUUUUCUUCCGCAAUUGACUCUGAAUUUACCACAACAAAGCCUGAUACAAAAACGGAUUCCGUUUUGGAACAAGAAACGGAUAAUUACGAUACAUCAAGUCAAAAAAUUGACAUUACAAUGCAAGAAAUAACAACAAAAUACCCCGAACAUCUUUCCGAUAUAACUGAAUUAGAUUUAAAAAUAGAAUUGGAGAAUUUUACUUCAAUGAAACCCAAAGUCGAAAUAAUUACCGAGGAGGCUGUAGAACAAGUGAGUACAUCACAAAAUGCAAUAAGCGAAAAAGAAUAUUUGACUACACCAUCCUCCCAUAUUUUACCGGAACCUGCACUCGCAGAAGCAAAUGCAGAAAGUGAUCAAAAACAAGCAAAUACAUCUGCUGAUGAAAAUACUACGUUAAACGAACAAUCAAAGACUCCCAGCCUAGAAUAUCAUUUAACAACUAUAUCUGAUUUAAUAGAAACUCCUAAAUUACCUACAACAAGUACAUUAGAAUACACCAUAUCUGAUCAUGAAAAAGAUUUAAGUCUAACAGAAACUCAAAACGAAAUAACAACGCCACAAAAUAGAGACACAGACUCACAAAUAACAGAAACUUAUGACACUAAGCCUUUAGUUAAACAAGAUGAAAAAGAUAAAGAAUAUUAUGACAAAGAUGUUACUACAACAAAUGUUUUACUUUUUGAUAGUGAGUAUACCACCGAAACUUCAGUAAGCAAAAAUGAAUACACAGAGCCAAACCUGUCUGAAAAAAUGUCUACAAAGUUGCCGGAAUCCAAUGAAUAUGUGGAUAAAACAACUGAUGGUACUUUAAUAUAUACCACAAAGAAUAUAGUAGAACUCGUUGAAACAACUAAGCAGCCUAUUGAUAAUAUUGAUACUCAAACUGAAGGCAAAACUUCUACUGAAGUUUCAAGUGUAUUAACAACGCCAAUCCACCGCGAAGGUACUACUGAAAACAAUGAGGAACAAGAACUACCUCAUCAUGUAUCUACCGAACAAACUGUUGAAUACACCAUGGAAGAAAAAUCGACGACAACUACUCCCGAAAUACAAAAAUAUAAAACUAAAGAACAGCAAGCUACGGAAACACCAGAAUCAUAUUUAACAAAAGAAAUCACAUCCGCAACUAAAGAAACCAACGCAGAAGAAUAUUUCACUGAAUUACCAAUUACUACUACAAAAGAAACUGAAAACGAUUUAAUGGAAUCUCUAAAUGGUAGAGGAACCGAAUUACCAGUUUCUGUAGAUGUCGAUGAAAAACAAUCUGAAUUAUCACCUUCACACGAAACAGAUCUGUAUAUAACAACAUCAGGAAUCGAACCUGGUUCUGAAGAAACUCAAACUGAAAUAUUGAAACCCAUCGAUAAAGAAAGUACAUCACAAAACACACUUGAUGAAAAUAUUAGUACUAGCAUGCCUGAGCGUUUUGAAACCGAAACAGCUAAAAUAGUUACAGAUAUCCCAACAUUAAUAAUAACAGAACCAGUUAAAACAGAUACUGGUUUAUCAGUGGUAAGUCAAGAGAAAGAUAACAAUGAAGGUAUAUCUACUGUAAUUAUGUUUGAUAAGAUUACUACACAAAUACCUGAGAUAUUUGAACACCAUCUUUUCGAUAAAAAAAUAGAUGAGGUAAAUGAAAUAGAACCAAUUCAUGAAAUAACUACAAAACCAGAUCUAUUCUCAACCGAGCAAGUUGAAGGGCAAGCAAAUAUUCAAAUUGAUUCUGAAUCUCAUACACAUGGGCUUACUACACAACGCCUGCAUAUUAUACAAACAGAUAAGGACAUGCAAACAACCCAAUAUAAAGAAUAUAAUACUCCUGUAUAUGAGACAGAUUUCUCAACGCCCAAAACUUAUCCUAAAGUUGAAGACAACAUACAAAUAUAUACUGAAAAAUCUAUUGACAUUACCAAACAAGCUGAACAACAAGGGUCUGACGAAGUUUAUAAUACAAUAACGCCUACAGAAAUAUCUGAUGUAUUAAUGUUAACGACUUCCAAAAAAGAUUUAUCGAUUUCGGCGACCACAAUGUUACCAGAAACAUCUUCUGAAAAUACUCAACACACUUUAGUUUUAAAAGAAGAGGAGGAAGUUACCGAGUCUUCAACACCUCAAGUCACUGAAGGUGUGUCUAUAAAAGUUUCACCUUUGGAGACUUUUAACAAAUCUACCACUCCUCCUGACUCAGAAGAUAAGACAACUAAGCUUCAACUUGCAGAGGAAUCAGUUACGGAUGUGCCUGAAAUAACAACAAAAGGUAUAUUAAAAAUAGAAGAUGUGGAAAAAACUACUCCUCACAUUACAGAUAUCACAUUUUCACAUGAUGUAAUAAAUAAAGUAGAAGAAGACAUAUACUCAAAAGUGACAACAAUGUCUAAUGCACCUAUAACAGACAAACCAACCCCUGGCUAUUCGGAAAUUGUGACACAAGACGACUCUAAAUCACCAGAUUCAUAUGAUACAAAGGCAACAACAGAUAUUUCGGAAAUGCUGUCCUCACACAUGGUUACCGAAUCUGAAAUAAUAGAUGAUCUUCAUAUUACCGUAAUUAAUGAACAAGAAGAAAAAACUACCAAAGUACCAGCAAAUGACCAACAAAUAUUCACCGAAGCAACAGAGAUAAUAACAGAAGAUAAUGAUUUAACUUUACAAGAUAAAGAUAAUACAACAGUAGUUUCCGACUUAAGUAUUCCUCCUAAAUCUGAACUAUCAGAAAGUCAAGUCUACAAAGCUUCAGAAGCUCCCAGCACACAAAAUAAUAUUAAAACGGCUGAAAUUCCAAAUCUUUCUAGUGACGAGCAACACACAAUAACUGAAGAGUCGGAACAAACAAGUCUAACAACACCUGUAGCAAGCAUUCAAUUAGAAGAUAAUAUAAAUAAAAUAGAAGAAACUACUGUGAAAGUAAUCACAGAAUUACCUGAAAAAGCUACAGAAACAGAAGAUAACGAACAAGUAAAAGAUAUUCUCGUUGCCACAGAAAAAUUAGAAUAUGAUACUGAAAAAAUAUCUGCGUCCCCGGCAGAUGAAUAUAUAGAAAAAGUAACUGAAACUUCCGGACAAGCAUACACUGGUGGAAUUAUAGCAGAAUCACCAGGAAAAACUACAGAAUUUGCUGGAAAAGAUAUAAUAUAUUCAACCGUUGCACCUCAACAAGAAGUAACAGUAUUCAAGGAAAUUGUUACUGAAGUAAAUGAUGUUCAUGAAACGCUUGCCACAAUUACUCCAGAUAUAAAAAUUACUGAAGGAAUGCACUUGGUAGAAUCUGAAACAGAAGGCGCUUCUGGAUUAUCUAAAUUUGAUAAGGAAAUAUUUACAGAAAUACCACCACAGGGAGGAACAGAAAAACUGGCAACACCCACAUUGGAAACUAGUACAAAACAACUUCCGGAAUCUCUUACCGUAAAUAAUGAAGAAAGAUCUACUCCGGCAGGAGAAGCAGCUACAGUAAUCGUAUAUACGGAGUUGCCACAGCUUGUCACAGAUAAUAUACGUGAUAGUGAGAAUAUUCAUAAGGAUCAAAAAUUAACAGAAGUUCCUGAAAAUACAGCUACCACUCCAUCUAAGCUACCAGAAGAUAUAGAAAAAGAAAAGGAAGUAACGAACAUUCAUUACCAAGAUAAAACUACUGAAACUCCUGAAAAAUAUACUUUUGAAAGCACAACUCUUAUUUCGGAACACCAUGAUGUAGCAAUAACAACUGAAAAGUCAUUUAACGUUCCCGAUGAAAGUUCUUCAUAUAUAGAAACAACUACGGAUAAUAAAAAUGACAGAUUAUCUGAAGAAAAAUAUGCCACAUCGUUUACUGAAAUACCAGAAACUUUACUUAGCAAACCUGCAGACAUUGACAAAAAUAAAAUAUCUAUAGAAACUCUUUUAAUUGAUUCUACAACAAAAUCUCCUGUUAGCUUCCCUGAUACCAGUAUUACAAAAACUACAGAAUCUGCAGUGGGAGAAGAUAAAAAUGAUUUAUCUGAAAACUUUAUGCCUAACACCUCAUUUGAAUUUACUAAUGUCACUGGAAAACCAGACCAAGGAAAAACAGUCACUGCAGUACCUGAUUUACAUGCAACACAACAUAGCGUAAGUGAUGUGCCUGAUGUUGCAACAGAAUCAAUAUGGACUGCUAAAUACGAGACGACCCCAAAAACUGAUUUAGAUGAAAUCACGUCUGAUGAAGAUAAAGUGAAAGUCUCCACCAGUAGUGAAGACAAAAUAAGUACUGAUACGACAGAAAAAUAUACAAAAUCCUCUGAGGAAACAUUUACAGAAAUACAUAAAGAUUCUCUGGUAACUGAUCAUGACAUAUUUACUACUGAAAAAUCGAAAAUCACAGAUGAACCAUUUACGCAUGAAAAUUAUGCCGCUUUCACAACUACUACAGAAAGUCCAAAAACUCAUUUAGAAGAAUUAGAGACAAAACUGUCUGCAUUUUCGAGUACGGAAAGUCAUUUAUCGGGGUCUACGGAAGAGCUGCAUACAAGUGAUGGUGACAUAGAUAUAACAAAAGCACCAGAAGGAAAUCAAUAUUCAACUGAAUCAUAUGCUAUUGAUACGCACAUAUCACCUGAGCAAACAAUAGAUCAAGAAACUAUACGAACCGAAUCACCUGCUACACUAAUUACUUCAUCGGAUGGAAGUCAAGAUUCACACGUUGAAGCAAUCAAUCUACCAAAAGAAACUAAUAUAACUGAAUUAGAUCUUUCUACAAAGUCCAACGUAGGUGUUUCAGUAGAAAUCACUACAGAAUCAAAUGUUUUAGAAACGAAACCUAUAGAUGAAACCUCAAAAUUGCCUGAAUAUCCGAAAGAAACAUCUAAACCAAAAUACGAAUAUGCCGAAUCUACUCCAUACUUCGUAGAAUUAGAGGAACAUACGCAUAAGAGUAUUCAAGAAACUGAAGCUACUCCGGAAGUAUAUCAUGAAGAGAAAACUUCGACUCUUAGCUCAGAAGUUCAAUUUACUGUAAAAGAACAGAUUGAAAUUACAACAAGCAAACAAAUUAUAAUUGACCAAGAAAAGGUAACAGAGGAUUUAAUUAACGAAACGGAAUUAUCGACAAAGGCAGAUCAAGAAAAAACAACACCUGGCACAGAUCUUGGUGGGUUAGAUAUUUUCCAUUCUACAUCUGCAGAACAAUCAAUUCCAACUGAAAGAGUAACUACACCUACCAAACACACGCCAAUACCAUAUAAUGAAGAGACUUCAACUUAUAUCCCUAUAGUAGCUACAACUAUUUAUAAUAAGCAGGAAACGCCUAAAUACGAUGAGCGUGUUACAACGAUCUCAGAAAAAGAAAAAGAAAACAGUAAAGUCACUAAUAAACCACAUGAUUUUGAAACCACCUUACAUGAAACUAGUGCACCUGAAAAGGAAGAAUUUAUUCCUGCAGUAAGCAAAUUUACAACAAUAAAGAUUACUGAAGAUGUAACCACUCUAUCACCAAUCCAGUUUGAUAACGUUACGAAACUGGAUGAAAAGCCAAUUGAAGCAGUACAAUCAACGCCUCAUCCAGAAUUACCGAAACCUAGCUUCAAUGAAGUUCUGCCAACUGAUGAUCUCUUACCCACAGACGAAGAUAAUAAUUUCCCACCUACUGGAACAAGUGGAUAUGGUCAAGAACCUGAUUAUAUAGAAGAAGAUCAAGCAUUUGGACCUGGAACGUGCCGAUAUGGGGGCAAGGCAUAUAUUUCUGCACAACAAAUACCGAGAGACGAUCCUUGUGAUUUUUGUUUCUGUUUUAGAAGUGAUAUUAUUUGUUUACAACAAAGUUGUCCUCCACCGAUCCAUGGAUGUCACGAAGAACCUAUUCAAGGAUUCUGUUGUCCACGUUAUGAAUGUCCUGUUUCAAUGGCCACUACGCUCAAUGUUACUACGACAACAACAACAACAACGACAACAUUACCACCACAUUUUCUGCCUCAUGCUUAUAAAGGGGCAGCACAAAGAAGAGGAUGUCAAAUAAAAGGCCAUACAUACAAAGUUGGAGAAGUUGUACGUGCAUCUUCAGGGCCAUGUUUACAUUGCACAUGCGGAGGUGAUGGUCAAAUGAAAUGUGAUCCAAAGGCGUGUACUCCGGAACCGAUGCUGCGACAAAUGAUAGCAGCCGCUGUGUCAGCAAAGCGACGAAGGUGA